CGUCGUCGUCUGCAAGUUACUGAAGACUGCAAACACUCUUUAUCUUGGUUCACUUUCCGAUCAUUUUUGUGCUUGUCUUCAUUAGCCCUUCGCAUAUCUUUGGAUUGGUCUCCCGAGGAUCAACGGACAGGCUCUAAGAGGCUGCCAUUGCGCGAAGACUCUACAGGACGCAUUGGUAUGCUUCUACUGGCUGCGUGAACCCGAACGACGCGAACACAAGAUGCCCGUUUGCCAGCAUUUCUUGAGAGGCCGGUGUAAAUACGGAGACAGAUGCUACAAUGAGCAUCCCGGCAAGCAAACAGUAGGCGGGAACAAAUUCGCUGCUCUCUCCGGCGGCGGCGGAGGAGGCGGGGGAGGCGGAGGCGGAGGAGGUAUCUAUGGAGUUACUGCAGACGAUAUCAAAGCAGAUUUGACUCCUGGCAAGGGUCUCCCUGAAUGGAUCUUUUCAUGUUAUGGUCCGGGACGAGAUGCCCCGAGACAACUGUUCGGAGGCCCUCAGCGAGAGCAGAGCUUUGAAGAACUUCGACUCCGUCAUUACGAACUAAUUGCUGCCGGUAACGCAGCCGAGGUAGCGGUUUCAGAGGCCCAGAGUCUACACAACAUUGCGGUGAACCAAAUGGAAACCGCUCUAAAUGAUCUGGACGGUGCUGUCAAAUAUAUUCUCGACGGUGCCAGGGAGCAUCCGAAUCGAAACGACAUUGUAAAUGUCAAGAAACCCGCCACCAAUUUUGGGGCUUCGCCUAAGCUCUUUGGUGAGAUUAAGGCUCCUACUCCCACAGGUCCAACGUUCGGUCAGCCAUCUGGCCUGGGGGCUCAGUCGGGAUUUGCAAAGCCUGCAUACGCCCCAGCGAUUGGGUUCGGUCAAUCUUCUAAUCUCGCACAUCAUGCAUCUGGCUUUGGACAGCCGAGUACUUUGAAUCAGGCAUCCACGUUUGGACAGCCAUCAGCGAAACCAAAUUUCGGCCAACCAGCAUUUGGGCAGGUCGGAUUCGGGCAGCCCGGAUCUGGGCAGGCAGGAUCUGGAUUUGGCCAGCCUUCCUUUGGUAAGCCUGCAACUGCCGGGACUACCGCAUUUGGAGCACCCAGCACAUCUUCUCCGUUCGCCAAGGCAGCUGGCGGCUUUGGUGCGUCCGCAGCAGAACCUUCGCCAUUUGCGCAGCUCGCGAAUUCAACGUCUGAAGCUGUCCUCGGCCAUGCAUCGGAAUCGCCUUUUUCUGGAUUCUCGCAGCUGGGCCAAAAGCCAUCUGCUGCGGCCCCUGGGGAGAGUCUUGGUUUCGGUGCCCCUUCCCAAACAGCAUCUGGGUUUUCCGGCUUUGGCACAACAGCAUCGACAGCAGCAGCCCCUGGGUUCGGCACAGCAUCGGCUCCUGGAUUUGGCACGGCAGCAGCCCCCGGAUUCGGGGCAGGAGCGGCGCCAGCGGCAGCUUCAGGGGCACCCGCCACUCCUACUACGCCAUUGGGACCCGGGCCAGCCCCUGUUAUUAAGUUGAGUGAACCGGGCGAGCUCAAUCCCAUUCCACCUCUGAAUGGGCAAACAAUCCAUGAUCCGAUAACAAAGAAACUCAAAUCAUGGAAGGGGCAACCGGUACAAUACAUCAACGAUGUGCCGUGCUAUCUUCACCCUCAGGAUCGUGCAACAUAUGUUCGCAUAUUCUUCCCGGAUGGACCGCCUGAGGGGGUCAGUUUAAGGGAUGCUCAGGCGAAACCCGAGGAAUACACGGCCGAGGUAACUCAGCAAUACGAGUAUUUCGUGACGAAUGGAUGUUUCAAGGAUGGGGUCAUCCCGAGAGUACCGCCCAAGACUGAGUGGGUGAGCUUCGACUUUUGA